GAUCGAGGCAUGCGACUGUGAUACCCACGACAAGCCGUCACAAUGGUUUUCAUUCUAGGCGUCAACUUCGGCGAGCAGAAGCUGGUCAAGAAAGCCCUCGAGUCGUUUUACGCUCUUGGGCCCACGACCUCUGCUCGCAUUAUGGCCAAGUACUCCAUCCACAAGCUCGCCAAGGUCGGCUCCCUCGCCCCGAGAACCGUCACCUCUCUCACGGCCGAAUUAUCACAAAUGACCAUCGAAACCGACGCCCGACGACAGGUGCAGGAGAAUAUUCGACGACUAAAGGAUAUGGGCUCGUACCGUGGUAGACGUCACGCAAUGGGUCUGCCUGUGCGUGGACAGAGGACGAGGACACAAACGACAACGGCCAACAGGCUCAACAGAGUCGAGCGGAGGGGUUAAGCAUUUUACGUGCAGAUUGGCCGAUGUUGUCAUGACCUGUGUGGUCACUUGGAGCUUGAUUAAGAGGUGGGCUGUCAACAUGAUGAGGACCUAUCUCGGCGCAUUUGGAAAGGCCAUCAAUGGGAAAGUCAACCUCCAGGAGGAAGUGCGAGCAAGAACACCUUGCUGUACAAGACUUGUAUAUACAGUGUACGAUCAGAUGAAAUGAGACCCUAGAUCGCCAUAUUUUGGGCGCUACAA